ACAAAAAAAAAUACAGAACACAAAAGAUUUUGAUUCUAAAUUCUGCUGCUAACUAAAGCAUGACCCUGGGUAAGUUGUUUUCUGUCUCUAGGCCUUAGUUUUCUCAACUAUAAAUGAAGGAGUUAGACAAGGUCAAUGAUGGGCUAGUAUUUUUUUUUUUAACAAUCAGCUCUAAUGAAGUGGGAGGAGAGAGAAGCCUGAUUUGUAGUAUUUGUCAAUUUCUGUGGUGUAAAUUACCUCACCAAAAGGCCCAUUUGAACUACUAACUUGAAGUAAACUGGCUGGAAAAUACCUUGAAAGUUAAGCGAUUGCCUCUAUGAGAUUGUAUGUGUAAAAUCCAUUUGAGCCCUAAAAUGCCACAAUUCUAUGACUGCAACACUGGGUGAUUGGUUAAAUUGCCGGGAUACACCCCAAACCUCAUGAACAGCAUUCACUUGCUGCAUCAGUGCACCGGCAUCCUGAUGAAAGCUGGCUUUGGUCCAGAGUCAGAGUGAGACGCCCUGGAAGCCCAAGCCGUCCUGACACCGUCGUGACUGUGAGUUGGGGAACUCAGGCCUUGAAACUCAGUCAAUCAAGAGCUGCUCCUGCCUUCCCUUCUUUUGGUCAGAUAGGGAUGAUUCAUCCCUAUGUUAUUUCAGCCACUGUUUCCCAGGGUGCCUGGAAGCAGAAGGCCUGAGAGCUUGAAGCAGACAGAGGAAAAACAGGGAGGAGGAGGAGGAGAAAGGGACCCGCCUUGGGCAGGGCCCCUGCGCGGUCGUGGGCAGGUGUGAGUCAUUCCUCUCUGCCUCAGCAGACACACCUUUUGUCAAGUUCUGAAUGCCAGGCGGAGAAUCUGCCUAGACAAAGCGCUCUCGAUCAAGUCAGAACAGGUUUCCUGAAAGAUCAUCCCCAUUAAAAUUAAUGGAAUCGGAAUAGGCAGAUCUUUUCUGUAACACGAUGUGUUUCUUUUCAGCAUGUUUCCUAAAGGCUUAGAGAGACCCCUAAAAGUAUAGAAUAGGGAGAAAAGAGGGGCUUUCGCAUCCCUGGGGCUCAGGACUGGAGAGAGAAGGUGGUUUUAUAUUAUCCAUUCCUGCCCUCCCAACCAACCACCUUAGCCACUUGCCAAAGAACUGACUAGCCAAGGGCAGUGAGGAAUGUAAUGAGCAUGAAUCCUCAUGAGCUACUAUAUUAUGAUAAAGAUCUUUCCAUUGAGUGUGUGCGUUGCUAUUGAAUCAAGAAGAAAAGGUCUAGAAGGGAAAGGCUUGGCAUAUAACUAAUUUCAAGGUCUUAGGGACACACUUUGCAACCAUAAGGAUGCUAACUAUUGAAAACAGAAACAGCUCCUCUCUCUGGCCCAUGCCUUCAAGAAGGCAAAGAAAAGAAGGAACGAUAGUCAUGCCAAAAAGGGUCAUGGCCACAUUGCAGCCUAUUCGCUGCACAAACUGUGCCCGAUAUGUGCCCAAGGACAAGCCCAUUAGGAAAUUUGUCUUUCGAAACAGAGUAGAGGCCACAGCAGUCAGGGACAUUUCUGAAGCGACCGUCUUCGAUGCCUGUGUGCUUCCCAAGCUGCAUGUGAAGCUCCAUUACUGUGUGAGUUGUGUAAUUCACGGCAAAGUAGUCAGGAAUGGAUCUUGUGAAGCCUGCAAGGACCGAACACCUCCACCCCGAUUUAGACCUGUGGGUGCUGCCCCACAGCCGCCACCAAAGCCCGUGAAAGGAGCUGAGUCCUUAAAGACUGAAGACAGACUAUUCCCUGGAAAAAAACUGAGUGGAAAUUGGAACCCUUGCGCAUUGUUGGUGGAAUGUAAAAUGGUGCAGCCACUGUGGAAAACAGUAUGGAAGUCCCAUAAAAAUUACACAGAGAAUCACCAUAGAAUUUGUCCAAACAUGAAAUCAUUUUCAACUUCACAGUGGGUUAUACCUGGGAAACAGCUUUAUGGACCACAGUUUAAAGUGGGAAGAAGGUUUAGAAAAAGUGCAUUCAGUGGUCUGUCAAGAACUAAGAAAGAAGUAGUCGCUCCCCCAGACUCUGGAAUCCUAAACAGUAUCACUGUGUUCCUGGAGCGCCGUCCCGCAUAG